AAAUAACUUCAGAUGCGCUCGCGCACUCGGACAUCCUGACGGCUCCGGCUGGCGCGCUCGAUCAAUAGUUGAUUUUACAUUAGUGAAGUGUACAGUUAAUGGGAAACACAAUAAGCACAAAUUAUAACGGUUCGUCUGACCGGCUGCGUACAGUUAUACUAUCUGUGGAUUGACAGAGUCACCAUGACGCAAUUCAAAACGAUACUGGUAACGGGAGGAGCUGGAUACAUCGGCAGCCAUUGCGUGGUUGAUCUUCUAGAAGCUGGCUACGAUGUGGUAGCCAUCGAUAACUUUGCAAAUGCCGUCGAAGAUGAAGAAGGCUCACCAGCUCUGCAGCGUGCUGAAGAAAUCACGGGAAAGCCAAUCACAUUCUACAAAGCUGAUUUAUUAGACAAACCGCAGAUAAAUGAUAUAUUUGAUAAGCACAACGUGGACUGUGUGAUACACUUUGCAGCGCUGAAGGCAGUCGGAGAAUCGAUGCAGCAACCGCUGCUAUAUUACCAGAACAAUCUACUUGGAAUGCUGAAUCUGUUAGAGAUAAUGCGUUCACACAACUGUUACCAAAUGGUGUUCUCUUCAUCAUGCACGGUGUACGGAGAGCCAGAGCAUCUGCCGAUCACGGAGACACACCCCACCGGGAGCAUCACCAACGUGUACGGCAGGACUAAGUACUUCAUAGAGGAGAUGCUCAAGGACCUGAGUGCGGCGGAUGAUAAAUGGAACAUUAUUUCCUUGAGGUACUUCAACCCAGUUGGCGCGCAUCCAUCAGGUCUAAUAGGAGAGGAUCCCACCAAGGAGUUCACCAAUCUGAUGCCAUUUAUGGCCCAGGUCGCGCUUGGCAAGAAACCAGUCCUUACUGUCUUUGGCAGCGAUUACAAUACACCGGAUGGAACUGGAAUCCGCGAUUACAUCCACGUGAUGGAUCUCGCCAGGGGCCACGUGGCAGCUUUAAGUUUGUUAAGCUCCAGCCACAUUAAACUGAGGGUGUAUAACUUGGGCACGGGACGCGGUGUGUCCGUGAAGGAGUUGGUGAGUGUAUUCGAGCGUGUAACGAAAACCAAGAUCCCGUUGAAGUAUGAAGCAAGGCGACUCGGCGAUAUAACCGCUAUGUGGGCCGACGCCACUUUGGCUAAGAACGAACUCGGAUGGACUACGAGGCACUCGGUUGAGGAAAUGUGCACCGAUUUUUGGCGAUGGCAAACAAUGAACCCUAACGGAUACCCCAAGAAAAUCAAGAAGAGCGUCAUUGUAAUAAACGGAAAGAGUUAACUAGUUCAUAGUAUGCAAUUGUUUAUAGAUUAUUAUUUUAAUAAAUAAGUAUUUUAUAUAAA